AUGGCCAGUUCAUCACACAAUCCAUCCAUUCUACUUCGUCGGGUUUUGGCACUCAAGGAAAAUUCACCGUUCAUUCUGGUGAUAGAUUCUAUCGGAAGAUCAGGGCACUGUGUCUUGGACGAAGUAGCGAGGGAAGCUGAAGAAUCAACAACUAUAAUAUACGUCUCAUUCGAGACUGUGAGAAAACCGAAAUAUGCUACACAUUUUGUGGGGGGCUGCAAAUCUGCAACGCGACUGCUGACUGCAAUUCAAUCAUCUUUACCUUCCCCAGAACAAUCCAAAUUCUCAGCAAGCAAAUAUCUUGUGGUGAUCGACUGUGUGAAUUUUAUUGCAGCCAGUAGUGUGGUUGAGCUUAUUACACAAUUGGCGUCUCCAUCUGUCACUCUUCUGGCUAUAUACCAUAAAGACUUGCCCGAGUACCGUUUGCCUGAACUUGAAAAUUACCCCAGCUCGCUGCAGCUUCUGAGAUUCAUGGCCCCCUCCAUUCUAGAGGUACGACCAUUCACAAAUGACCUUGCUGCAGAACAAGACCUCGAAUCGCGGUUACAAAAGCUGGAAAUGCCUCUAGGGCUAAACUCCUCAAUCUACAAACUCAUCUUGACCAACCGUAGGAAAUCCGGUCGCGCAUUAACGUACACCUUCAAAUGUGAUUCACAGGUGCAUUCUUUCGUGCCAAUUCAAGACGUCCGUACUACAUCUGACGGCCAAGAGGACUCUGAGAUGUUUGAGGGCUUGACAACUUUCAAUUUGAAUACUUCGCAUAAGCAAAAGGCGGCAAAAGACCAGGUUGAUUUGCCCUUUCUGGAAGCUCAAAGUUUCAAUACAGGUGGCGCUAUCGUGUAUGAAUUUGAGAAGGACGAUGACUACGACGAAGAGGAUCCAUACGAGGAUCCAUUCUAA